AACGAGGAUAGCAGCAACAUGGAGGAGCGUGCUUUAUUGGCCAAUAUAGCGACAAUUAUAACAAAGGAUUUGCUUAUAGAUCAAUCCUCAAGCAAAACCAUUGGACCAAUUGGUGGUGGAGCAAACCAAAGUUCCUCUCUAUUGGCACCUAGUGACGAUGAAGCCGAAAUAUUUGCAUUAAUGCAACAAAAGCGAGCCGCCAACAAUAACAACAACAACAACAAAGGUCACCAGACUAGAAGGAAACGCAGCCGGGGGGACACGGCAUCAGAAAAUUCGAGAUUACCACCAAAAAAAUCGUCCAAAGUUGAAUGGAAAUAUGCAGAACUUAAUUUACUCCAUAGAUAUGUGGAUGCCCAAUUUGAAUCCUAUUUGCAUAUGCGAAAAUUGACUUUUCUGGUGAGAAAAAUUCAACAAUCUCUGGAGGAGAUGCUAAAAAGAAAUGCCGUACCAGGCUCGCCCACACCGCAAACUAUUCUCUCGCUUGCUAUGUGGAAACUGGCCACAGAUGAGCACUUCGAGGAAAUAGCCAGAAAAUUCCAAUUACCCUGGUCAUUGUGUCAGCAAGUGGUCCGCAGUUUUUGGCACAUUAUUUCCGAUCAAUACGAGAGUUUCAUUAAAUGGCCAAAUUCCCUAGCCGCACAGCAGAGUACGCUCGGAGGCUUCCAGCGUCUGGCGUCGUUGAAAUGUUUUCGAGACCUUUUCGGUAUUAUUGUGCUAAAGCGCCUAGAUAUAUUCCUAGAAUCGGAGCACGCCGAGGUGGCAGUGGUGUUGCAACUAAUAUGCAAUGGCGAGAACAAGAUUAUCGAUUGCUAUGUGGAACUGGCACAGGAUUAUACAUUUGAGGAAUCGCCAAUUGGUCAGACACUCGCCCUUAAUCCACGGACAAUGCCAGCCGGAAGCUAUCUCAUUGGCAGUGAAGUCUUUCCACUUAAAUCGUAUUUAAUGCGACCUCUUGAAGCUGAAUGCUUUCGUAAGGAUACACUGUUCAACGAUCUACUGAAGCCGGCGUUCCAAUUGGCUGAUGAUGUCCUCGAUACAUUGGCUCGCCGCUUCAACACUUUGUAUGCCCUAGAGGCUAGGGAUUUAAAUGAGGUUCGUUUAAUUGUGGAGAGCAUUUGUGCCAUGCACAAUCUAUGCGAGGAAUUCAACGAUGACUAUUUGGAGACCGGACAAGUUAAACUCAAGUGGGGCGGUAGCCUAAGUGGAUUCCGGGGUGGGGAAAAGGAUGUGAAGGGGCUGCGUAAGAGAGUGGAAAUGAUAGAUGAACUGGUGGUCAUUGAACAGGGAGAAUAAAACAAUAAGUUACAAAGGAGUACAAA